AGGAGACCAGUGGAGACUUGACAUUUCAGUGCAAAUAUCUGUCUGAUGUGUUGAAACAGGGCAGAAGCUUGCAGUUCUGCUCAAUAUUCUGUGUGCAAAAGAGUGACAUGAAAGGAGGAAAUUGAAGCUGCUUAAGAUAAAGAUAAAGUGAACAGCUGAAUAAGAAAGAGGUAAGAAUAACUGCAGCACAGAGGAAAGUCUAAAAGCAGAGAAGAAGAAGGGACAACCGAACAAAGUAUCAGCUUUUGACAACAAAAAGAUGGAGUACAAAGUGACGGUGGCCACAGGUACCUCAGAAUAUUCAGGAACCAAUAACUAUAUCUUUGUGACUCUGGUUGGGGAAAAAGGAGAGAGUGAGAGAACAGUGCUGGACAAUCCAGGCUUAGACUUCCGUAGAGGAGCGGUGGAUGAUUACAUAGUCAGAAGUGCUGCUGAUUUGGGUCGCCUGAUACUGGUGCGACUGGAGAAGCAAAAGUACUGGGUGGAGGAUAACUGGUUCUGCCGUUACGUGAAAGUCAGUAUACCUGGUGAAAGAUGCAUCCAUACUUUCCCCUGUUACCGCUGGCUAGUGGGAGAUGGAGUGGUGGUAGAGCUAAGAGAAGGCACAGCUAAAAAGCUUAGUGAGGACUCCUUGCCACAAGAGAUAGCUCACAGAAAGGCUGAGCUUCAGGAGAGGCAGAAAACAUACAGAUGGCUUGCAUGGGCUCCUAGGAUUCCAAAAUGCAUUGAUUCCAAGUCAGAGGCAGACCUCCCCCAGGAUGACCGCUUCGACAAUGAGAAGCGCAGUGACUUUGUGCGAUCUCUGCACUAUGCACUUUUGGAGCUCUCGCUGAAAAAACUGGCAAUCAAGUUUGGAAAGUCCUGGGAUGACCUGGACGACUUCAAACGGAUCUUCUGGAAGUUAAGAAGCCCUAUAGCUGAAUACGCCAUGGAGCACUGGAGAGAAGAUAGAUUUUUUGGUUACCAAUUCCUCAAUGGCUCAAAUCCACGGAUGAUUAAGAGGUGCAGAGAGAUGCCCUCUAAUUUCCCUGUCUCUGGAGACAUGGUGCAGUCCUCUCUGAUUCCAACAACCACUCUGAAGGAGGAACUCAAGAAAGGGAAUGUAUUCCUGGUUGAUUAUGCUAUAUUGGAUGGGAUUCCUGCCAAUGUAAUCAGAGACCAGAAGCAGCACAUAGCUGCCCCACUCUGCUUACUGUAUGAGCACCCUGAAAAUGGCCUCAUUCCCAUUGCUAUACAGCUUGAGCAGAAACCUGAUAAGGACACACCUAUAUUCCUUCCUAGCGACCCACCACUUGCCUGGUUAUUGGCUAAGAUAUGGGUUCGUCACGCUGAGUUCCAGAUCUUUCAAGUGUUAUCACAUCUGCUACGCACACACUUAAUGGUCGAAGUGAUCUGUGUGGCCACACUGCGACAACUGCCUGCUGUUCACCCUAUAUAUAAGCUGUUGACUCCCCACCUGAGGUAUACACUUGAGAUUAACUGUCGUGGCAGAACACAGCUCAUCUCACCAGAUGGCAUCUUCAAAAGGGUGGUAUCAACAGGUGGAGAUGGACUCUUGAUUCUGGCACAGAGGGAGUAUGAAGUACUGACCUAUCACUCCCUGCAGCCUAAAUUAGACUUCUUGGACAGAGGGGUUACUAAACUGAGUGGCUAUUUCUACAGGGACCAUGCCCUUAUGCUGUGGGAUGUGAUUCAAAACUUUGUUUCAGGAAUAGUUUCCGUGUACUACAAGAGUGAUAGCGAAGUGGAAAAGGAUGCAGAACUUCAGGCUUGGAUUAAGGAUGUGGUUAUGGAAGGCUUUGUGGAUGUGCCUCAUUUUGGUUUAGCCAGUGAGCUAAAGAGCAAAGAAGAGCUAAUCACCCUGUUGAGUGUGGUGAUCUUCACCAGCACAGCACAACAUGCAGCCACCAACAACGGACAGUUUGAUUGGUGCGCAUGGGUACCCAAUACUCCCUGCACCAUGCGGCAGCCCCCACCAAGAGAUAAGGAUGCUGUUACCAUGGGCCUGAUCAUGGACACACUCCCUGAUAUCAGCCAGUCCUGUGUUCAGAUGGCCAUCACAUGGCAUUUGGGCCGGGCACAGCCAGAUGCAAUCCCAAUGGGGCAGUAUGUGGAACAGUACUUUACUGAGCCUGCUGCUUUGAAGAUGAUAGACAAAUUCAGAAAGGAGCUGAAAGUAUUGGAGGAACACAUAAUGUCUGAGAAUGAGGGACUAGAACUACAGUACCUUUAUUUGUGUCCAAGCCGCAUAGAAAACAGCAUCACCAUUUAGAGAAAAAUGUCUUUUGGCAUACACUUGGCUCUUGAUGUGUGAUUACAAAAAUCCAAUGAGGUGAACUAAUAAAGUAAAAAUCAGUGUUGCUGCAAUUCCUCUAUACUAAAUUUUCAACAGGAAAUGUAAGCUGUCUGUUGCAUUUCCCCUAAACAUCUUAAUAUUUACUUAAAAAUAAAUCUGGGGAGAAUUAUCACAUUAGUGGAUUUUAUUUAUCUUUUUGAAAAUGUCACAAGCAAAAUAGGAUAUUCAGGAUAUUUGAAAGUCCAGUGGUUCGACUGAUAAUCUUCUGUGAAGCAGAUGAACACACAUGCAUAUAAAACCAAGAGUAACUUGCCAAGACAUAGCCGAGACCAACAGCUUUAUCAGGAGUUUUGAGUAGGCAGAAAUAGUUUGGUAUUCUUUUGUAAAUAUUCGUUUUUCCUUAAUAUGGUUUUCCCAUUAAUAUUUCUUGAUUGUUUAGUUUGUUACCUUUCUGAAAACAUUUAUCAGCAUCGAAAGCCUGAGCUGUUUCAUUCAUUUUAGUAAACUAUUUAUUUUACUUCUGAAAUGAGGAAAAGAGAAAGAGAUAUUUGUUUUUAUAAAGAUUUUCAACAGUGAUGGUAAAAUUCAUUAAAUGAAUGCAUUCAGCUUUAUGAAAUGCAGAUCAUUUAUAAAGUUGAUAGAGUUCAGUCUUUUUCCAGACGAAAGAGUGACGUGUUACAGCCAUCAGUGUACAUAGCAGCUAUAGGAAAAACAUGCUGACUUUGAUACAUUAUGAACUCCCUGUACAUAAUGUAUAAUUAAAUAUAGAAAAAUGUUCUAAUACCAACCAUUUUUUUCCUGUUUCAAAUCUUUCUUUAUAACUAACUAGAGGCCCUUUAAAAUGUUCUGGUCUGAAAGAUGGCUCACAAUUAUACAAAAUGUACUCUACAGUUGUAUAGGCAAAAUCUUGAAUCAUUUAUUGUGAAAACAGAACCAAAGUGAUCAUGUGAAAUUCCAUUCAAUGUAAAAUGUGUGUGCUGAAUGAUCUAUAUUUGAUGUGUGGAAGUAUAAAUAAAAUCACAAUGAAAACAA